AUGGCGUUUACCGUACUAUCCGACGCUGAUAUCAAGUCUCUUCUUUGCAACCUUCGCCCAGCCGACGCAGAGAAGCUCACUUCACGCCUCAACCAGGCACUCUGCCAAUACUCGUGCAAUGACGAAGCUCCCUACCAACCACACCGUGCCCAGGUCACGCGUCUAGAUGGGCAGGUCAGUUUGUUCAUGCCCGCCACGACACCUUCAUCCAUUGGUGUCAAGAUUGUGGGUGUCGCCCCAUCCCAGGCCCCGCCUCCGGGCGAGAAGCCCAAGCCUGCGCUGAAGAGCGUCCUCACAAUCUGCGAUGAAUUAGGCCAGGCCGUGGGCGUGCUGAAUGCAACAGAGCUGACUGCCUUUCGCACUGCCUUGGGAACCAUGUUGUUGUAUCGAUAUAGGAAAUCCACACAAAACAUAGUCGUGUUUGGCGCGGGUAAGCAAGCCGAGUGGCAUAUUCGACUUGCCGUUCUGCUUAAGAGCAACGACAUCAGCAAGAUUACCAUUGUAAAUCGGUCUCGAGCCAGAGCAGACCAGUUGGUCGAGUCGUUGACAAGAGCGGGACUCAGUUCGCAUAUCCAAAUCCGAGUCUUUGGGGGAGAUGAGGAUGCGUUGGAGAGUCUGGUCAAGGAAUCGCAGAUCAUGUUUUGCACAACACCCAGCACUACGCCUUUGUUCCCUGCUUCGUAUCUGGCUUCGGAAGCAGAUAAACCUCGCUUCAUCUCCGCCAUUGGCUCCUACCGCCUCGACAUGCAAGAGAUUGAUCCCGAUCUCCUCAGCCAAAUCACCACUCCUUCUAGCCUCUUUGCCUCGCAAGUUCACAACGCGUGCAUCGCCGUUGACAGCAUCAAGGGAUGCAUGGAUGAAGCCGGAGAGCUAGUCAAAGCAGGCAUUGCUACGGAGAGAAUGAUAGAGGUAGGAAAGAUGGAUGGUUUGAGGCAAGACGAUAGGGUCAAAAGGUGGCUGGAACAAGGGUUUGUGGUGUACAAGAGCGUGGGCGUGGGGGUUAUGGACAUUGCAAUCGGCAAGGCCCUGCUGGAGCUGUCAGGGGAGAAGGGGGCGGCACACACGAUGGCGUCGAACGAGGAUCCAUACCUCAUUCUUCCAGGCUCGGCCGCCCACUCCGACUUCCGCCUACAGCGCCUGGCGCAGGCAAUCGGCGCAAAGCAGGUCCGCUCGCUGUGGCUGCAUUUUGUCAAUCCCCUCAAAGAAUUGGCCGAGGACGAGCUCAAGACGCUGCAGCAAAUUCUUCACUAUGGCGAGUAUCCAGAUUCGAACGACCGCCUUGCACAAACGCUCUUCGAUGCCGUCCACCGUGGCAGCGAGCCGUGUGACGGCGAGACGGUCCUCUUCUACGUCAGCCCACGCGCGGGCACAAUCUCGCCAUGGAGCUCUCUGGCCUCAAUGAUUGCACGCACAUGCACCCUUGACCAAGCGGUAAAGCGCAUCGAGCGUGGCAUGGUCAUCGCCGCCACUUUUGAUCGUACCCUAGACGCCGACGAGAUCCCCAAUCGCGACCACCUCUACGACCGCAUGACCCAGACCAUCAGCCGCACUGCGCCCAAUCUCGAGGCCAUCUUCGGCGAGGGAGAGCCUGCGCAGGCGACUACCAUCAGCUUCGACGAGUACCACAGCGCCCAUGCCGCCCUGGACCAUGCCAACAGGGAGCUGGGGCUGGCCAUGGACAAGUCAGAGAUCGACUACCUCGUCGAGGCAUACACCCAGGAACUGAAGCGAGGGCCUGUAGACGUCGAACUCUUCAUGUUUGCCCAAGUCAACUCGGAGCACUGUAGACAUAAGCAGUUCAAUGCCGACUUCACCAUCGAUGGUAUGCGCAAGUCCAUGUCACUAUUUGGAAUGAUCCGAAACACACACCAGAAGAACCCCCAGCACGUCGUCAGUGCAUACAGUGAUAACGCUGCAGUACUGCAGGGUGAAGAGGCGAGCUUCUGGGCGCCCAACGACCUUACGGGCGAGUGGAACGGCGCAAAGGAAACUGUGCAUAUUCUCUGCAAAGUCGAGACACACAAUCACCCAACUGCAGUAUCGCCAUUCCCUGGAGCUGCCACCGGCUCUGGAGGCGAGAUCAGAGAUGAAGGAGCGGUUGGACGUGGCUCUAAGCCAAAGGCGGGCCUGGCAGGCUUCACUGUUUCCGAUCUCAACCUUGAGGGUUUUGAAAGGCCAUGGGAGCUCAAAGACGUUGGAAAGCCUGCGCACAUUGCCAGCAGUCGGGACAUUAUGCUCGAGGCUCCAAUCGGCAGUGCGCAAUUCAACAACGAAUUUGGUCGUCCAUGCACUGUUGGCUACUUCCGCACCAUGCUCAUGCGCGUCUUCACAAACGAAAAGGAGUCCGAGAUCCGAGGAUACCACAAACCCAUCAUGUUAGCAGGUGGUGUAGGUACAGUCAGGCCGCAGCACGCACUCAAGGACCCUGAUGUUGUGCCCGCUGGCUCGCAUCUCCUCGUUAUUGGUGGCCCCGCCAUGCUCAUUGGUCUCGGUGGUGGUGCGGCUUCUAGUAUCCAAUCUGGAGAAGGCAAGGUCGAUCUUGACUUUGCUAGUGUGCAGAGAGGCAACCCCGAAGUCCAGAGGCGAGCACAGGAAGUCAUUGAUACAUGUCGCUCCAUGGGUGACAAGAACCCCAUCCUCUUCAUCCACGAUGUGGGCGCAGGUGGUCUGUCCAAUGCUCUCCCCGAGCUUGUCCACGACUCUGGCCUUGGCGCCAUCUUUGAGCUGCGCGAGGUAGACAGUGCUGAUAAGAGCAUGAGUCCUCUGCAGAUUUGGUGCUGCGAAGCUCAAGAGCGAUACGUACUAGCAGUUGCUCCUGAUCAACUAGACCUCUUCAAGCGCAUCUGCAACCGAGAACGCUGUGGUUAUUCGGUCGUUGGUACGGCUACCAAGGAGCAACGCCUUGUCCUGAAAGAUAGGGACUCCAAGGAAAACCCGACUCCCAUUGAUCUUCCCAUGGCCACACUAUUUGGAAAGCCACCCAAGAUGUCGCGUAUUGUCGAAAGCCGAAAGUUGAGACUGCCAGCCUUCGACAGCAGCUUGUCAAUGUACAUUCCCGACACACCCAAAGAUGGCUUGAUCAACGAAGCUGUCGACCGAGUGCUCACCCUUCCAGCUGUAGGCUCAAAAUCGUUCCUCAUAACCAUCGGAGAUCGAACAGUUGGCGGCCUCACGGUCCGCGACCAGAUGGUUGGCAAGUGGCAAACGCCUGUGGCUGAUGUUUCGGUAACAGCUACGUCGCUGCUAGCUGGAGUCAAGACGGGUGAAGCCAUGACAAUGGGUGAGAAGCCUACUCUAGCUCUCAUUUCUCCAGCAGCAUCCGCAAGAAUGGCUGUAGCCGAGUCCCUCAUGAACAUUGCUGCAGCUAGUCUCUUCGACAGGCUCUCUAGGGUCAGACUCUCAGCCAAUUGGAUGUCUGCUAGCAGUCACCCUGGUGAGGGUGCGGCUUUGUAUGAGGCAGUGGAAGCCAUCGGAAUGGAUCUCUGUCCCAAGCUCGGCAUAUCCAUCCCAGUUGGAAAGGACUCUAUGAGCAUGAAGAUGAAGUGGUCAGAGGGCGGAGAGGCAAAAGAAGUUACCGCACCAAUGUCCUUGGUCAUCACGGCUUUCGCACCUGUUGACCGGAUCGAUCGCACAUGGACACCUGCAUUAGAACGCUUUGAGGGCGUUGGUGAGACUAUUCUCAUGUAUGUCGACUUGGCGGCUGGCAAGAAACAUCUCGGCGGUUCUGCUUUGGCUCAAACGUUUGGUCAGGUCGGCGAUGAGGCGCCUGAUGUCUAUGACGCCGAUGUCAUCAAGGACUACUUUGAUGCCAUUGAUCAACUCCAUGAGGCUGGUAUCGUACUCGCCUACCACGACAGAUCAGACGGUGGUCUCUUCACAACGCUUGUCGAGAUGGCUUUUGCCGGACGAUGUGGCCUUGAAAUCAUGCUGGACCAUGUCGCGGCAUCGAGCGAACCCAAGGACGUCUUGGAGGCGCUUUUCAAUGAAGAGCUUGGUGCUGUCUUCCAGGUCAGGAAGCAGGAUGAGACUGCUUUCAACCGCUGCUUUGCCACCUGCGGACCGCCACCAGGCAUGAUCAAGAAGAUAGGUCGGGUACCUGAGGCCUCGAAGCAGGACAUCUCUUUCUAUGUCGGGACAAAGAACGUCUACCGGAACAGUCGGCAAAAGCUACAACAGCGUUGGGCAGAGACUUCAUACCGUAUGCAGAAACUCCGUGAUAACCCUGUCUGUGCCGACGCAGAGUUCAGUAGCAUUCUCGACGACAAGGAUCCGGGUCUAUCAUACAACCUGACAUUCAAGCCUUCUGAAAAUAUUAUGCCUCUCAUGUCCAAUCUGAAGUCGCCUUUUACGGCUAAGCCUCGUGUGGCUAUCCUAAGAGAAGAGGGUGUGAACGGCCAAGCUGAGAUGGCAUUUGCUUUCCAUCAAGCUGGCUUCUCAGCUAUCGACGUACAUAUGACUGAUAUCAUCUCUGGUCGUGUAUCACUGGCCGGCUUCGUAGGUCUUGCGGCAUGUGGUGGUUUCUCGUAUGGUGACGUACUUGGUGCUGGACAAGGAUGGGCAAAAUCUGUGCUCCUCCAUCCCGAAACACGCAAGGAGUUCCAGGACUUCUUCACACGCCCUAACACCUUCGCCCUCGGUGUCUGUAAUGGCUGCCAAUUCAUGAGCAAACUCAAAGAAUUGAUUCCAGGUGCAGAGCUAUGGCCAAGUUUUGAGCGCAACGCAUCUGAGCAAUACGAAGCACGUGUCUGCAUGGUCGAAGUACUGGACCCCAAGGGCCCCAACACGCCACCAUCAGUCUUCCUCCACGGCAUGGCAGGUUCUAAGCUCCCCAUCGUCACAGCCCACGGCGAGGGCCGCGCUCACUUCUCCUCGUCGGCGUCUUCACCAUCCACACCUCAAACGUUGUACAACGAGAACCUCGUUUCUCUCCGUUACAUCGACAACUACGGCAAGCAAACUGAGACAUACCCUUACAACCCCAAUGGCUCACCAAUGGGUAUCACCGGUGUACGAAGCGCCGACGGACGUGUGCUGGCGCUCAUGCCGCACCCCGAGCGAACUAUCUUGAAGGAAGUGGCUAGCUAUCUCCCCAAGAACAAAGAAGACUGGGAUGAACUCGGACCUUGGUCUCGCAUGUUCAAGAGUGCUAGACGAUGGGUCGGAUAA